AUGGCGAACCCUUCGCGGGAGCGCAUCAUUGACGACGAUUUUGAUUUCAGCGCUGCCGACCUGUCUAAACAAUUCGAACAAUUACUACGAACGAACCGAUUGAAUGCCCUCGAAGAACAAGCACGGGCUCCUCGAUCUUCCUCCCCUCAUCUCGCUCCUCAACAAAGGCCACAAACAUCGUCCUCUUCCCCUUUACCACCACCAAGUCCGCUCUCUCAUACUUCCGCACAUGCCAGUUCUCGGCCUUCUCAACACCAACCACCCACAUACACCUCAUAUCGAAGCCAUCCCAUUGUACCUUCCCCACCUCAAGAUGGCGCUGCGAUGAAAUUCCGAAACCUCCUCCUCACCCUAUCCAUGACACCAACCAAGUACGAAAACCCCGGUCUUCUAGACAAUGCUCUGACGCACGUGCCUAUCGAUCGCAUAUAUCAAGAGGCAGAAGAAGAGCACAACCUCAUGAAAGGUAUGGCGGCUUCCAAAGGUGACAAUGUCAAGCCCGAAUGGGGCUACCAAGACUGCGUUAUGAGGUCACUCCUCCGUUGGUUCAAACGCUCAUUCUUCACCUUUGUCAACAAUCCUGCUUGUACAAGAUGCAAUGGUGCCACUAUCGCCGCAGGCCAAGUCCCUCCUGUGGAUGAUGAAAUAGUCCGUGGUGCAACGAGAGUCGAAGUCUACAGAUGCACCGGUUGUGCUCGAUAUGAAAGGUUCCCUCGAUACUCCGAUGUCUGGACGUUAUUGGAAACUCGACGAGGCCGUGCUGGAGAAUUCGCCAACUGUUUCAGUAUGUUAUGUCGGGCUGCAGGUGCACGAGUCAGAUGGGUUUGGAACAGUGAAGACCAUGUGUGGACCGAGAUCUACAGUGAACAUCAAAGACGCUGGGUUCAUGUUGAUCCUUGUGAAGAGAUGUGGGACAAUCCAAGAGCCUACACUGAAGGUUGGAAUCGCAAGAUAUCCUACUGCAUCGCCUUCUCAAAUGAUGGCGCGACAGAUGUCACUCGACGUUAUGUUCGAAACACGCAUUAUCUCGGCCCACGAACACGAUGUACAGAGGAGGUCCUGCUCUGGAUCAUGCAAGAGAUUCGAAAACUACGACGAGAGAAUAUGGACAAGUCUGUCCAGCAUCAACUCCGACGAGAAGACGAUAGAGAGGAGCGAGAGCUUCAAGCCUACGUGAUGCGGUCACUCGCUCAUGAUAUGAUCAACUCGAUGCCCGGUGCUGUCACCCCCGUUCGAGGUGACGAAGUCAAAGCACCUGCGGAACGACAAGACACUACCAUGCAAUGGUCGAAUGAACAACAGAUGGAUCAUUCCAACCAUCGGUGA